AUGGGUACAGCCUCUGUCCGCCGCAAUCUCUUUCACCAGAAUCUCAGCCGCCGUCCUGCCUCCGCGGGCCCACCUAAUGGCAACGUUCCUCAGCCGAACAACGCGCUCUCCAACCGUCCCUCACAGAGGCUAAAGCCGAUAAGCUCGGACUCAUCCUCGUCGCGAAGCACCAAAUUAACGGACAAUAAGGAGAUCGUUGUGCGGGACAAGAAUGGUGGUUACAAACUAGAUGUCCCGUCCUUGCCGCAUGCGCUGGUUGGCGAAGACGGGGAGGAACUGGGAGAGCUUGAUGCUGAAGAUGCAGGAGAGACCGGGUUUGACUCUGCAGAGCUCAGUAGGCCUGAGAAAGAGAAGUUCGACGCGGCUCUGGUGGAGAUGAUGAUCCGUCAUCGAAAUAGAGCGACGAGUGGUGAACCUGACGAGAUAUUAGAUGUUGUGCACCAGAGUCUACGCAAAAAGGCCGCCUCCUUGGAUGAUGACAAUUGGAUGUUUGAAGCAGAAAGGGACGUGCGAUUCUGA